AAAAAAAAAAAAUGAGCGAUCGUCCAAAGAGAAAGAGAAGACAGACACCAAAGACAAAAGUGAGUGCUGCACAUUAUGUUGGGUACGUCGAAGAUGGAGAAUCAGUGGAGGCCAUUAUGAAGAAAUUUGAAGAAUUAGAACGAAUCGAAAAGGAAUUCUCAGCCAUGAAAGUAGAUAAUCCCUCAGAAGACGAGCAAAAGAAUUUGACUGAAGAACAACUUGAAGAAAUAUUCAAACGUACUUCUGCCUUUACUGUAAAAAGCACUACAAUCGAUAGAGAUACUAUUGAGGAUUUGGAUGCUCUGGAUCUUUGGGAGAUAGAAUAUAAGGAUGGAGAUACAAAUGAAUUUUACGAAGAAGAUGAAUAUCAUUAUGUGGAUGAAAGCUUUUGGGAUGAAGAAUUUGGUGAAAAGCCAGUCAGAAAGGGAAAACAAAUACGCUCGAUAAGAGAACCAAAGCCGUUAGUGGCUAAAGGACGUGGUGUGGAUAGAGAGAGCAUUAUUGCUAAAUACAAGAUUAUGCAAGUGCAAGUGCAAGAUAGAAACGGCAACUACUUUACAAUCAAGAAACGAGUCAGUAACGUAGACCCCAGUUUACCAACCUAUGUAAAAAUACCACCAAGGCCCAUUCCUAUGUCAUGGGCACAUUCAAUAAAAUCAAUAUCAAAAUGUCCAAAGGAAAUAAUAGGCUCGAGGUACUAUGAAGUGGACAAUAUUGUAUCAACCGAUCUUACACAAUACGGGGCUGAUUUCAACGCGGUAUACAUGGAUCCACCCUUCUUAUUACCAGGAGAGGAACCAGUGGCAGGAAAAAUAACUAUUGAUGACUUUGGUGCAUUAAACGUAGCAGAUAUCGUCAAAGCAGGAUUCUUAUUUAUUUGGUUAGAAAAGGAGUGGAUACAAAGAGUAGUGAAUAUAACAGCAAAAUGGGGAUUUAAAUACGUGGAGAAUUUCUGCUGGAUAAAAAAAGAUGUCAAUAACCAAAUACAUAAAAGUCCAUAUAGAUACUUUAAUAAAAGCAAAUUGAGUUUGUUAAUAUUUAGAAAAGAAGGUGACAUUGAACUGCGUCACCAGCGUAAUCCAGAUUGUGUAUUUGAUUUUAUACGCCCAAAGCUACCAGAUGAAAUCAGUGAAAAGAAACCGCCAUUCAUGUAUAAGGUUAUAGAGACAUUACUUCCAACCGCAAAUUAUCACAUAGAAAAUAACCCCAAUGGUGAACGGCUGCUUGAACUGUGGGCUAAAAAGGGACAAAAGCGUCAAGGUUGGACAACUGUUGUGGAAAAAUUAAAAAAUGCAACUGUGUAACACAAGUUGCUAGGAGACCAAGAAAAAUAAAAACCGAUCCGUAGAUCCUUUUCUUUCUUUCUCAUUAUGCAGUUACUGUGUUCUAAGUACUUUUUAUUCAACCAAUGUCUCGGUGCUUGAAUAUAUUAUGGCC